CAGUAAUGUGUCCAUUUACUGUUAAAAUUGAUAUGCCAUACAGAUAAAGUGCAGUGUUGUGCAGUUUCAAUCACUGUCAUAAAAACUGUAGCCAUAGUUUGCAUCUGAAAUAUUCAUCACUGUUAUAUUGACAACAUGGCUAAGCAUAUUGACUAUCUUGUUCGAGAACAAUGACACAAGGACUUGUCAUUCUGAUGGCACUGAUAUGUUCAUUGACAUAAAUACUUCCUUUUGAGAGAUAAACUAAGGAUUUUGAGCAAGUUACAGGCUUUUGCAGGUAAUCCAAUAUGUUGUGCCGUUUUUUUUUUUACGAAUUGUUUUGAGAAAUGAACAUACUGUUUUGCAAAUUUUAAGGAUGAUUCGAGAAAUGUACCAAAACAACUGAGAAAAACUGUAAAACGCAAAAGAGAAUUGUCUUGGGGGCCCCCUAGUGUUCGUAAUAUUUCACACCUAGACAUCAAAAUUCAGCAUACAAAACACAGCAAUGGUGGCAAUCAACAAAACAAAAGUGCCAAACUCAACAACAGCACACAGUAUGCACUGCGACAUGAAUCUUUUGUUUUGAAAAUGUCAUGGUCAUGAUCUUAGGUCACUGGGUCAUGCUGACACACUCCGCUCGGAUUCCCUGUAAUCAGGUAGUAAUUCAUGGUAUUUUCCAGAGCGGAAAGAACAGCCCAAGCAGUGACGUCAGCAGUAAUUGGUCAGGACACUCUCCCUGUCCUGCAAGAGCUCCUGUCUCAGUGUGUGUUUGUCUGCGGAGCUGUGAGCGAUCUCUCCUGAAGCUCCGGCACUGCAGCGCGGCAUCAUGGGGAACUCGGCCAGCAUGACUGUGGAGGAGCUGACCGCAUUCCACUCUCACAAGUGGUACCGGAAAUUCAUGACCGAGUGUCCGUCCGGUCAGCUCGCCUUCUACGAGUUCAAGAAGUUCUUCGGGCUGAAGAAUCUGUCGGAGUCCUCAAACGUGUACGUCGAGACCAUGUUCAAGACCUUCGACAUCAACGACGACGGCUGUAUAGAUUUCAUGGAGUACGUCGCGGCUCUGAGUUUGGUCCUGAAGGGCGGCGUUCAGCAGAAGCUGCGCUGGUACUUCAAACUGUUUGACAUGGACGGCAGUGGAUGCAUUGACCGCGACGAGCUGCUGCUGAUCUUCAAGGCCGUUCAAGCCAUUAACGGAUUAGAGCCGGAGAUUUCUGCUGAGGACUUGGCUGACAUGGUGUUUAGCAAGAUUGACGUCAAUGGAGACGGCGAGCUGUCUCUGGAUGAGUUCAUUGAAGGCAUCGGGGCAGACGAGGUUCUCACGGUGAUGUUGACCCAGAGCUUGGAUCUGACUCAUAUCGUCAGUAAUAUCUACAGCGAGACUGACUCUGAACAGCAGGUCGACUGAUCCCAGACCAGACUGAGAUCAGGCUGCCAAACAUGAUGAUGUAGGGAAGGGAGUCUGGACCGUUUCUGAACUCUGAACUGAACCUGUUGAUUCAGCACUGACCGAAGAGGUUUAAACUCUUAACACAUCAGAUAUUAACAGUAUUAUUAACAGAAUAGUGUUCGUCUUAGAUGCACUGCAUUUCAAAAGCCAGCAGAAUGAUUAUUUCCCUGUAAUCUCACAGAAUAACUGAGACUAGAGCAAAUGCUUUAUUUAAGUGCACUUCUGUCCAAUCAAAAUAAAAAAAAUUUUUAUUAAAU